UUGAGCAUGUUAUUUGUAAACAUUCUUCAGCCAGGAUGACAAGGAAGUAACGAAGUCCCUCCGCAAAAAACAGGACUAGUUCUGCAUUGAGAUUGUUUUCAAAAGACCCGAGGAAUGACGGUAGAGGAGAUGUGCUGAGAAAGAACGAUGGAGCUUAGCCAUUACAUCAUGAAGUUUCCCGCCUACUGGCGUGGCGUCUUUGCCCCCCUCAGCAAAGACAGCGCCCCAAUCAUUGGGGCCCACACCUGGAUGCUUGAAAAUCGUGAGGGAGCUCACACACUCCACAGCAUGCGUACGACGGGUCGUCAUAGCAACCAGGUCGACUGGGUCGGCUUUGUUGUUGCUCUGAGUGAGAUUGAGCCGGUGGAAAGUGGGAACUGCCUUGUUUUCUUCCCAAGAAUUCUUCUUUUUCCUGUAAACAUCCAAAGAAACACAUUGGCCUUUCUCUCUGAACACCUGACAGACGUUCCUGUCAUAUAUCUUGAUAAACUCCUUCAAUCCUUGACCAAUCAGAAGCUGACUGAUGAAUGGAUAAAACUUCAUCUCCGAAAAAUCCAGGACUACGUUUGCUGGCGGCAGUGCCAAUAUUUCAAUACAGGGUUUUGUGCGGACGAUCAGAAAGCUAAGCUGACCAAAGCGUCGUGGAUCACUUUCACAAAUAUCUGCCAACAGAUCAGGGACCAUGAUAACAGCUGCAAAAAGGAUGCUGCAAGUAAGCUGCAAUUUGAUUGGCUGCCAGAAGCGUUAACGACCAAUCAGAGGGAUUGUGGACACCACGGUCGUUUCGCAGCAGAGAGGGUGACGACAGAGAAAAGAAAAAUGGUGGCCGAGAUGUCGGAGGACGCCCAAAUGGAAGAGGUUGAGGGCAGUCCUAUGAAGAAGCGAAAAGCAGAGGAGGGUCGAACCACUCCCGAUGUCAUCAUCAUUGAUUCGGACUCGCAUUCCCCGAUGGAACUUGGUGUCAUCGGCCAAGACGAGAGAGUUGACGAGGAUCUGUUAAGAAGCCAAACUACCAACAGCAAAGAGGCUGCUCGUCUGGGGGGCAGAGAAACGGGAGUAGCUGCGUAUCGUCUCCAUGACAACAUGGACGAUGUCAUUGAUGCGGUUACCAGGAACACUUUGACUGCAAUUAAGAAACUUUUGAGUGACCCGUCAGCGGCUGAAACGCUGCCACCUGACCUACUGAGACUACUCAUUGAUUGUCCAUCGCACCACUUAGAAGCAUACUGUGAUUAUCUGAUGCUAGACUCCAUUCCAGCCAUUGGUUUGAAUGCCUUGGCCCAAGAACUGACAUGGUUCAAACUGGAGCUGAGUCAUCUGAACGCUGUCGUUUUGGCAAGACGAUGUUUCCUGAAACAGAUACAGGCUCUAAAUCAGACAGCUCCCAGAUCGCUCAUCUCAGCUGUUGUCAACCACACUAAAGCAUUUCCAAAACCAAUGAUAGAGGGCACUUUAAUCCCCGCGCUGACCGAGGAAGGUCACUGUGGGGGUGUGCCCGCACAGCAGUGCGACCUGGUUGCUAAGGUGGUUAAGGAAGCAUUGACCAAUGAGGAAAGAGUACAUCUCAUCGGGAAGAUCUUUUCAGUUGCAGGGUUACAGUGGUCUGAAGACCUGACUAUAUUUGUCCAGACAGUUGUCGGUUGCAAGCUGGAACUGAAUGCUGAGAGCCUUGAUGCUUUCAUAGUCGCCCUGGAGCAUCACGGCACCUCCCAGAAGUCAUGCGCCAAGUUUGCCAAGCUUCUAUUGGCUGUCGUCAAUCGAUUCUCCAAACAGAUCUCCCCAACAAGCCAUUCUGUGCUUCAGCGAUUCGCCGAUGCAAAUCAGACAUUCUUAAAGAAAGCUCUAAUCACUGCACUCAAGCGGGUCAAAGGUUAACCUGAGAGUCACUGAUAUGAACAGAAUUAUAGACCUUUCUUGUGAUGACAAAAUAACUGCACUGGUUGUCAUGGACAGCAGAAUGUAAGCAAUACGUUAAAACGUGUUAACAGAUAUUGUGACCAAAUUUUACAGUCUCCUGACGAUGACUAGAGCAAGCUAGUCGAAACAUUGAGACCAAUUUAAGAACUCACUCUGCGGAAG